AAGUGGGGCGGUGCUGCUGUUUUGCUGUCGAGUCACCUCUGUCAGGAUGGAGGAAAACGAACUGCAAUCAUGGUGAUUAACGGAGGAUUCCCGACAUCCGAGCAUCAUAAAGCGGGAUAGCUACAACGAAACUCAACGUUCCGUUUCCGAUCACUGCGUCGUUUCGGUGCCGCUUCGCCAAGAUGAUGGAAGAAAUCGACAGGUUCCAAGUGCCUCCAGUCAACGGGGAGACACAGCCUUUGGACCCAGCAGCGUCCUCCACCUCCGAAGCGGAGCCUGACACGAAGGGAGAGAGCGUGGCCUUGAACUACAAGCCGUCUCCUCUGCAAGUCCAAAUAGAGAAACAGAGGGACCUCGCCAGGAAGGGAUCGGUGAAGAAUGGCACCGUGGGAAGUCCCGUCAAUCAGCAGCCCAAGAAGAACGCCAGAACAAGGUUGGUGGUGCCAAACAAAGGUUACUCCUCCUUAGACCAGAGCCCAGAUGAGAAGCCUUUGGUAGCGCUGGACACUGACAGUGACGACGACUUCGACAUGUCCAGAUACUCCUCAUCAGGAUACUCCUCAGCCGAGGUGAGAUGUCUGAGGGACCAGCAGAUCAACCAGGACCUGAACAUCCAGCUCCUGAAGGACGGGUACCGGCUGGACGAGAUCCCCGACGACGAGGACCUGGAUCUGAUUCCUCCCAAAGCGGUCAACCCCACCUGCAUGUGCUGCCAGGCUGCCCCCUCCACGGCCUGUCAGAUCCAGUAGCACCUCCUCCGCUCACCUGUCCGACUCCCGAGAUCUCCUGCCUGCUCCUGCACACAGGCCGACGACUGACCGGAGGGCAGCAAGCAAGACUAACUGGCAUGGGCACAAAAGGGGGGGGGGGGGGGGGGGGGUAAAAAAAAAAGAAAAAGGGUUCACAAAAAGAAAAGAAGAAGCCGAAUAUGUGCAGUGUCUGUGCAUGUUCCUCCUAUGGCAGGAUGUGUGCGUCUUACUUCUGCAUCGCUGGCUCAGCAGGGACUGAUGGCAGUAACAUUACCUCGACGGAAAUCCCAUUAAUUCAGCUUUUUCUUCUUCUUCUUUUUUUUUCUUUCUUUCUUUGACUUCCAUCUCAAAAUCUGUCUGGUUUAUGUGGACCACAAAGGAUUAUGGGACGCUGUGGGAGAAAUCCAAAAAAAACAACUUGAGGUGAAAGGAAUCCAAGAAAAUAAAUAAAACGCCUCGUUACUGUCUCACUUAUAGCAUCCAAGGACUCGACUGCUUCUCCUGGCCUGUAAGUCGGUGGUCACAGACAAUGGACAUGAAGAGGAUGGACUUGAAGUGGCCACUGAUUUCUCCUCCUUCCCAACUUCAUCUAGCCAGUCUGCUUGGUCUUCCUGUGUAUAUACGUGGAAAAUGACAUGCGUUCGUCCGAUUACGCCCAGGAAAAUAGUGCUAAACCAUCAAGCUGCUGAACGCUGCCCUCACGCCAAAAUAGUAACCCAGAUUCUUUGCCCCCCAUCCGUUACACCAAGAUUGUACUACUUAAUUGUUUUGUAUUCAGUUAAAAUAAGCUGAAAAA